AUGUCUGUCCCUGUUUUAGUGUCUGAGAUAGCUCAAACCCCGAAUAUUACUGCCACGCCUGAUGUUACUCGACGUUCAGCUAAUUAUUCCCCCAGCAUUUGGGGUGAUCAUUUUCUGUCAUAUGCUUCCAUAGAAGCGGCAGAUGGUAAAAGUAAGAAACAUAUCCAAGACUUGAAGGAAGAGCUGAAGAGGAUGAUAAUGGCUCCAGCGAAAAGGCCUUCACAAAAAUUGCACUUCAUCGACCACAUUCAGCGCUUAGGUGUCUCAUACCAUUUCGAAGAUGAGAUUGACCAAAUUUUGCAGCAAGUUCACCGAGAAGAAGAAUAUGAUGAUCUUUGCACCACUGCUCUAAGCUUUCGAUUGCUUAGACAACAGGGUUAUAACAUUUCAUGCAAUAUGUUUAACAAGUUCAAGGAUGAUGAUGGAAGAUUUAAAGAAUCGCUUAUUGAUGAUGUACUCGGCCUGUUAAGUUUGUAUGAAGCCUCACAUCUUCAGAAGCCCGGGGAGGAUAUACUGAACGAGGCACUAACCUUCACCACCGCUCAUCUCGAGUCUGCAGGAUACCGCCUAAGCUCAUCGUCUCUGCUUUGGAAACAAGUAACUCAUGCCUUGUAUCAACCACUUUGGCACGGCAUGCCCAGGAUUGAAGCGAGGCAUUACUUGUCUAUUUACCAAGAAGAUGAUUCAUAUAAUGAAACUCUCCUGAAUUUUGCAAAGCUGGAUUUCAACACUGUGCUGAAAGUUCAUCAGAAAGAACUAAGCGAAAUUACGAGGUGGUGGAAGGACUUGGACUUUGCAACCAAGCUACCUUUUGCAAGAGACAAGGUAGUUGAGGCCUAUUUUUGGGCUUUUGCAGUCUACUUUCAGCCGGAAUAUUACUUUGCCAGGAUGGUAUUAGCAAAAGCUGUUGCUAUAAUUACAGUCAUUGACGACAUAUACGAUGUGCAUGGCACAUAUGAAGAACUAGAGAGCUUUACCGAAGCUAUUGAGAGGUGGAACAUUUCUGUCGUUGAUCAACUACCAGAUUAUAUGAAAGUGUGUUAUGAAGUGCUGUUGAAUUUCUUCACCGAACUUGAAGAAAGUCUAGCGAAUAAGGGAAUCUUAUACCGCCUCCACUAUGCGAGAGAAGCAUUUAAAGCUCAAGUCAGAGCUUACUUCCAGGAAGCGAAAUGGUUGAAACAAAAGUACACACCAACAAUGGAAGAGUAUAUGUCUGUGGAACGCAAUACAUCCUUCUUCAUGUUGGCAGUAGUGUCAUUUGUUGGAAUGGGAGUUAUUGUUACAAAAGACUCCAUGGAUUGGGUUUUCAGUGAACCUAAGAUUUCAAAGGCCGCAUCUAUAAUUGGCAGACUCAUGAAUGACCUUGUAGGCCAUAAGUUUGAGCAAAAGAGAGAACACAUUGCAUCAGCAGUGGAAUGCUACAUGAAGCAAUAUGGUGUCACAGAAGAAGAAGCAGAAGUCGAGCUAACUAAACAAGUGAAUGACGCAUGGCAAGACAUAAACGAAGAGUGGCUCGAUGCCACCUCUAUCCCUAGGCCCCUACUCUUGCUGAUUUUGAACCUUGCACGUUCUAGUGAAGUUCUAUACAAGGGUGAAGAUGUGUUUACUCAUUCUGAAAAUGUGCUCAAGGGUCAUGUAGUUUCUCUCUUUAUCGAACCCGUGCCCAUAUAA